CUCCCACUCCCCUCCUGGACCACACUGAAAUGGGUCUGAUGUUAAACUCCUAAUUGCGCGGCGCUUCUCUCAUCAGAUCCCCGGGGCCAGAAUCAGGACCAUCUCUGGGCAGCAGCAGAGCAACAGGACGAGCUGAUAAUUCUCACAUUAACAGAUACAGCUGGAGGAGACCCUUCCCUAAGACCCCUGCUGAAACUGAUCUCUGACCAGUGGGCAGCUUCCAGUGCGGGUCAGAAACAUGAGCCUGCUGAGUACCUCCUCCCUGGUGCUGCUCAUCUGCAGCUUUGGCCUGACAAAUGCAUUAACAGCCUGUGAAUCCAGCCAGUUCCAGUGUGGGACUGGUAAAUGCAUCACAAUGAGAUGGGUGUGUGACGGCAUGGAUGACUGUGGAGACGGCACAGAUGAACUUCCUUCUGUCUGCUUGGUGAAGACAUGUAAGCCAACMGACUUCAGUUGCGCAGACCGCCAUAACAACUGUGUACCGAGCAGCUGGCGUUGCGAUGGAAAAGCCGACUGUGAGAACGGAGCUGAUGAGGAGAAUUGUGCUCCCAGGCAGUGUACAAACUCUGAGUUCCGCUGCAAGAACGGCCAGUGCAUUUCCUCCACCUUCGUGUGCGACCAAGACACAGACUGUUACGAUGGCAGCGACGAGCUUUCCUGUCCAGCCGUCACCUGCAAGUCUUCGUCCUUCCAAUGCAACAACACAGUUUGCAUUCCCCGCCUGUGGGCCUGCGAUGGUGACCGCGAUUGCCUCGACGGAUCCGACGAGUGGUCGGAGAACUGUAAGCAGCAGGCCCGCACAACUCCCGCCGCUCCGCAGUGCUCUUCCCGGGAGUUCCAAUGCGCUAGCGGAGAGUGCAUCCAUAGCACCUGGAAGUGUGAUGGAGAGAACGACUGCCUCGAUCGAUCAGAUGAAGCAGACUGUGCUCGAGUCACCUGCCGUCCAGAUGAGUUUGAAUGUGGCGAUGGCACAUGCAUCCAUGGCAGCCGCCAGUGCAACAGUUACUAUGACUGCAAAGACAUGAGUGAUGAACUGGGCUGUGUUAAUGUUAGCCACUGUGAUGGUCCGACCAGAUUUAAAUGCCGCAGCGGGGAGUGUAUAAGCAUGGAGAAAGUGUGUGACAACAAGCGGGACUGCAGGGAUUGGUCAGAUGAACCUCUUAGAGAGUGUGGCUCCAAUGAGUGCCAGUACAACAAUGGCGGCUGCUCUCACAUUUGCAAUGACCUAAAGAUCGGCUAUAAGUGCUUAUGUCCAACUGGAUACAGCCUAGUUGACAACAAACGCUGUGAAGAUAUUGAUGAGUGUGCCAACCCAGAAACCUGCAGCCAGAUCUGUAUCAACCAGAUGGGCAGCUACAAAUGUGAAUGUGAAGAGGGUUACCAAGUGGAUCCAGCAACUAAAGCUUGCAAAGCUAUUG